AACAGUAACAAACCUGAUAUUGCAAUCUACGUUGUAUGUAUAGGGCUCUUGCUAAAAGAGAGUACCCCCGAGCACAGAAUUUACGGGGCAUGAUUUUUUUUUUAAAUCAAAAAAAUAUUCUUAUCUAUAGAAAUUAUUCGGAGAUGAUAUUAAUUUAUUGAUAAUUUUAAUCGCAGAAAAACUGCAAAACCAUGUUAAAAGCAAUAAGAGAGCAGUAAAAAAUACGUUGUAAAAGCCCUUUAUGCAUUGUUACUUUUCUUAAAAAAUUAACAUAUGCUACCAUAAAUAUCACUGUCAUACAAAGUCAAAGACUACGGUCCAAAUUGUUUUCUUGUUUAAUAUUUAAAUAGUAAAAAUAAAUAUCGCGAACAAACAUGUCUGUGCCCGAGGACGAAGUGACUAGAUUACAGAAAAAGAAGCAAGAUGGCACUUCUGGGCCUUCAUCAAAGGCCAAAAGACAUAAAAUGUUAAAGAGAUUGCUUGCUGGUGAGACUCGUGGUGACUCCUACUGUUUGGUGUUAUGGUUCGCUGCGUCAAAUGGAGUCACACAUUCACUCCUUGGUGCUGUUAUUGUAUCCAUUAUGAUAUAUUCAUUCCACGUGGACUCGUCGCAUGCCGCUGUUUUUACAAUAGCUUAUCACUUUUUUUCUGCGGAAGCGAUACUGACUCUAAGUUACGUCAACGGGUGGUCAACUCCAAUGCGGUGGAAGCAUCGGAAAUAUGUUCAUGCAUUUCUUCAAAUAUGUGCACUUGUUUUCGCAGUAAUUGGAACAAUAGAGCUUAUAAUUGACAGAGGAAGAAUAAGGGGUUUUCAUGGUAUAACAGGAGUGCUGACACUAGUUUUAACAGUGGCAACGUUUGCAGGUGGUCCAUUUGCGAUAAGGAAGGUUCCCAGAGCGCAUCUAGCACACAUGUCAUUUGGUAUUCCAUGUUUUGUAUCAUCUUCUCUAUGCUUGUGUUCAGGAUUAUUCAAAGACGAAUUUAGGAUAUGGGCCGGUAAAACAGUCUUUGGAAUAUUAUUCAUUUUUGUAGUGUUUUACACAUUUUUAAUAACUAUUACCACAUCUAUAAAGUAUUUACAAAAGAUUUAAGUUUUUAUAUUUUUUUAGGUUUGUUAUAUUAAAAUUUUGUAUCUGGAUAAAGGGGUUUGUUUCAUUUAGUUAGCUUUUCUUUUAUUUGUACAAAAUACGAUACUAUCGA